CGUUGUCAUUUCUCUUAUUUACAACUUUAAUAUUAACAUUGCAUCUUGCAUCCCCACUUUGUUCUUCUUGGUGAGGCAAUUGGGAAGAUCCGUCACCCUCCUUCGUGAGUGUGCCCGCUUCAUAGCCGUGUCUCGCUUGGUCGAAGCACGCCUACAUUAAUUUGGGGCGAUUUCACUGGUAUAGAGCCGUCACUCUCCUUCGUGGGCGUGGCCGCUUCAUAGCCGUGUUUCGCUUGGUCAAAACACGCUUAAAAUUAAUUUAGGGCGAUUUCACCGGUAUAGAGCCGUCACUCUCCUUCGUGGGCGUGGUCGCUUCAUAGCCGUGUUUCGCUUAGUCAAAACACGCUUAAAUUAAUUUAGGGCGAUUUCAUCGGUAUAGAGCCGUCACCCUCCUUCGUGGGCGUGACCGCUUCAUAGCCGUGUUUCGCUCGGUCAAAGCACGCCUAAAUUAACAAGCACCUUUUCUUCUUCCUUUUUUUUUUGCUUGGAAACCCACAUGGAUGUAUUAUAUAUGAUAUCCACAUUUUGUUCUCCUUAGUGAGGCAAUCGGGAAGAGCCGUCAUUCUCCUUCGUGGGUGUGGCCAUUUCAUAGCCGUGUUUUGCUUGGUCAACACACGCCUAAAUUAACUUGGGGCGAUUUCACAUUGUAUCGCAUCGCGCGGGGUAAGGUAUGUUGUCGCAUUGUUGUGCGAUAGCAUACUUUAUCUUGUGCGCGCGUAAUAUCGUUGAAACCGUCUCACCAAUUACAGGAUCGUGACUCUAUCUCACCGUAUUGUGAGAUCAACGCCUGUUUAGAUAACCAGAAAACUUCAUAAUUACAUUUCGCCAAUGCGGUGGAAGGCCGCUAUGGCGAGGCUUAUGCUUCUGCCAACGACCCUAUGCUCAUUCCGGUUAUCCCCCAGUUUGCUCCGGGUGCACCUAAAGAACUUCCCCCACUAAUUCACGCGAGAUCGUCGUACCUUACGGUAAUUGAUUACCGACGUACCUCUGGUUGAAGACGUUAACUCCAUUCAUCCCCUAAAGAAGCCAGAUUAUCUAUUUGGCGACUCUGUUGAGGACCCGAUCAUCGUGUCUCUCAAAGCUGAGCAAUGGUUACAUAAGGAUGAAUGGGGCUUUUUAUAUAUCCCUUAUAUUCCUCGUCAUAGCUCAUUGAUUGAACUACGACGAUAGGCUGUUAAACGAGAGAUGUCGUGGGAUCUGACGGAGGAACGUGAACGUGUCCAUUGUGAAUACAUCACUCAUCAUUUCGCUCCUGGUUCAAGUAACAGAAAUCGUGUCACCGGAUUGCAUCCCGGUGUAUUGGGAUUGAAUGACCCGCCACGUGGUGAGAUAUGUGCGGUUGCUAACACUCUGAAGAAUCGCCUCGCAAGACUUGGGAGAGAAAUGCCUGCCAAUAACUACAGAUGUUAUGGUUCGGUCCAUUCUUCAGAUAAAUUUUAGUGGUCUCGCCUAACCAACUAUAUGCUCGCUCGAUGGGGUGAAGAAUUGAAGGCCAGCAGAUUGUACGCGGCCGUUCGUGCCACUAUGUAUGAGCUGACUAUCAGCGUUCCCCACUUCCUUGCGUUGAUGGAGCUUUACAAUCCCAACACAAAUACAUUUCUGACGAAGCGCGGGGAAUUGGGAUUAGCUCUUCAUGAGAUGAAUAAGGUUUCGGGUUUGCCCAUGGGGAAUAUGUUAUACCAAGAAUAUUUCCCUUCGAAUCGGGAGUUACGUUAGUUGAAGUCGACUACCCCGAAUCGCUACGACACUUUGUGAGAUCUCACAUGUCAUUACUACACAGCUUUGGUAGGUGUCGACCCAGUAUUGAAGAGGACCAAACCGCAAAUCACUUUGAAAAGAUUUGCAAAUUAUUUAUUCAGAAAUCUAGAAAGCAAUUCUGGAGAAGCGGUUUGUGAGCUGAGGCCAUCGACUUCGGCGGAGAUUAAUGAGUUAAUUAAGAAGUCUGACGCGCAUUCCUACACCACUGUCGGUAUCGAGGAUGAUUUUCCUGCUGGGACCAAGUUUCACACAUUCUUAUGGCAUACUUUGAAGCCUAUUCACCCGAUGACUCUGUUGGCUGGUUAUCUUACCAUUUGGCUAAAGAAAUACGUAGUCUCAUAUCAACCCACGGAUGUUCUGCCCGUGGAGGUAUUUUACCCCGCUGUUCAGUUGGCUCACCGGAAAAAUCUUUCUCUCCUCCCGGCAAUGAUCGUCGAUAUCCACCGUGGUCUUCGCAAAUGAUUAGUACUUUCACUCAGGAAGGAAGUAAGCCAAGUGCUGUAAUCCAAACAGCCAAGGUGGAGCUGCCCUACACUUACCUGAUAGUGUGGUUUGUUCUUCACCGCCCUGAUAUGAUGGAUGCACCAAAGGUUGCGAACCAAUCCGUCCCCUUGCUGCAACUGAUAGAAGAUUGUAAAUGGAAAGGAUGAGGGUUCUUAGACAUACGGAAACGACUGCAAGACCAUAAAUGCUGGGUUGUCUCGACAUGUUUCCCUCGAUUUUCGGGUCGUUAUGGUGAUUCCUUGGUUGACAUGGAGAAAUCUGGUACCGGUCGGACCUGCCUUGACACUGGGUGCUUUGAUUGGCUAGUGAACAUCAGGCCAGGUUAUGUGGUUUUCCGAGUAAAGAACUACUGCUACAUAGAACCGUAUCUACCAUGCAGGUUCGCACAACAACUUGGGUAUGAUCAGAUAUAUGUUGAGAAUCCAAGUUCAGGACUCCGGACUCGUGGUGGCCUAGUAGACGGUGCCCGGGCGUGGUUGUGGAAUGUUACGGGUUGCACUGGCGCCAGGUUUAGUCUUCCGGAUGCUGAACGCCAACUGGAACUUACCUUCUUAUAUUGCCGUUGGUUAUUAGCGGCCAAUGAGUCCGUCACGGUGAAGCCAAUUGCCGAGUUGGCAGCCGAGGCAGCAGCUCGGAUUGCUACCCAAAUGGUUUAUGAGGCUGAGUACCAGAAGAGGAAAGGCAAAGAACUCGCCGGUCCUUCUACAGAUAAGGAACAAGAGGACGAUCCCUUCUUUUUUGAAGAAGAAUGUUCAGAUGCAGAUGUUGUCAGCGGUAAGGCUAAAGCGGCAGACCGUGAUGAAGAGGAACUCGACACAGGUUUGUUAGUGCCCUUCUUCGCAGAGCUAUUGGAUCUGGCAGUAGCCAAUCAAAUUCGCCGACUUAAGACCCGAAAAAGGUGGAAAGCUUUACCCACUUAUCCUCACAAAAUGUUUAAAAUUCCAGGUCUAGGCUCUGAAGGAGGAAAGGAAGUGAAAGGUCGUCGCUUUACUUGCACUAGUUCUCGGACCGUGGCUCGAAUUGAUCCCUUAAUUGAACCAUGUGCUGAAUCCAUACCGAGUAUACCUGCGGAUCCUGACGAGACACGACCUUGUAAACGUCAGAAGAUGACUUUGAGGCGACGCGUCACAUCGUCAGUUCCCAACGCAGAACCACUCGGUGACAUACCCAUUGUUGGGGGAGGUAAUGUUCCAACUCUUGUUAUUUUUUCAACCUUUUCUUCUACCAAACUUUAGAUUCAGCGAAUUUUCUAUUCCAGAAGGUCAUGAUGAAGACUCAAUGAUGUACAAUCCUCCUUCUCCUGACUUAGACUUUUUUAGAGGGUCAUGCUUCGCGCCACAAACAGAUAAGGCCGUGAAUCAGGAUCUAACAGGUAUCGAAACAAAUAUGGCACCUGGAGCUGGUGAAGGUAUCGUUGUAAGAUCUGAUUUGUCUGCGGUGAUUGCUAGCCCAGAAAAGCUACAAGAGGCGAUUGUUGACGUUGGGGGUUGAAGAGCAGGUCGUCACUACCGAAGGUGAAUUUAAUUCUCUCACAUUGCUAAUUUUCACUUCUCUUUCCAUGUCUUAACACUUAGAAUUUUCUUCAGAUGUUCCAAUGGAAGGCCUGAAUGAUACAGAAACCUUUCAUCAUGCAACUAAUGCACCUCCGUCUAAUCCCAUACAGGACCCUUCAGGUUGUGGUGACAGGCUACUUGAUGACAUGCUGUUAGAACAAACUCGCCGAGAUGUUACCGAACCGGUCAUCGAAGCUGUUGAACCAAUUAUUGAAAUUGUUGAACCGGUCAUCGAAGCUGGUUCUUCUGUGGGAACUAUCAUAGAAACUCAGUCGUCAGUGGCCCAAACUCAGCACACGAUCCUAGCAACCGAGAUGACUACUGCAGCUGCGGGGGUCAGUCCGGUUGAACAAAUCGUCGGACCAACUGAAAAGGUUGAUACAUCGACGGUUGUUGCUUUUGUGGCGCCUUCGCCAGUUCAUGAGGUUGUGCAGGUAGAAUCAAGUGUUGGAAAUCCAGCUGAGGGGACUUCUGUCGGUCUUGGGAUUUCGCUCCAACUCUCUGAUCUUGUCAAAGCGCUAUUGUUAGAUGACGAUCCGAACCAGAUUGUCCUUUGUACGGAAGUUAGUAGCUUUUUCACUUUCGUGGGCAAGAUGAUUGACAAACUCCUCCAUAGUGGGACCUCUUUCCGUCAAUUCAGACCAUUCCUCGAUCGCAAAUUAUCCUUAAUAGAGAAAAUCGGAUCGCCACACUUGUCACGAGCUAUUGCUGAUGACUUGACUCGUCCGGAGCGUGAUUUUCAAAAGCUUAAAGAAUUCCGAGAUACAGGUGCUCCUUCGUACAUAGCUGCUCAGAUGGAAUCUCGGCUGAAAGCGUGGCGCGAUGCCCAGGCAUUGGUUGAACCUGAAGUUCAAGUGCGCCAAAGUAAGGUAAAUAAGAUGAAAGCCGUUCUUGACAACAAGUUACAAACUCUGCAGAAUAUCAAGUCCUCCCUCGUAUCAAGUGUUGGCAAGAUAGCGCAAGUCAAACAAGAGCUUCAAGCGGAAGAAGAGACUUGGGAACUCUUAGAAAUGACAAGGGUUAACGAAGAACGUAACCAAGAGAUCGCGUCUAGAGAGUUGAAACUCUCGGAACAGGAGCUGACCAAGGCAAAAGAAGAGGCCGCAAGGAUGUUAUCUGCCAACGAAGAAUCUAUGAAGGCUACAUUGCAGGAAGAGCUCAAGCAAGCCUAUGUGGAAGAGUUGUCGCAGUUAAAGCAACAAGUUCUUAACCAUAAACUUCGUGUAGAAUGACCAUGACUUUUGUACCUGCAAACUCAAUUUUUAUUAAUAGAAGAUAUUUCUCUUUUUUUUCGUUCA